AAAGCGGUGCAAAAAUGAAACGAACCAAAAACAAUCAAAGAGAGAAGAGAAAGAAUGAAGGAAGGAAGGUUGAUGGAUUAAGAUAGAACGAAGAAGAAGAAGAAGAAGAAGCGAUUUACGGUUUCAAAACCUAAAACCACGACAACAACAAUGGCGUGUAAUUCCAUCAGAAACAAUUUAAUUAAAUUCAAAUUGAUCAAUCCAUUAUUAUUAUUCUCCUGAUUCAUUGUGCUUUGUUCCGUGAUCAUCCUGUUUCGUUCCGAGUCGCAUUGUUGCGGUUAAGGUUAGGUGCAGGAUAAGGAACGAUGUGCGAAACUCCGAAGAUAUUGUACAUAGUGGUGGUGGACGAGAAGGAGAAGGAUUCGUUUCGAUACACGCGCUCUGUUCUUCAGAGCACUCUUCAACUUAUGGGAUGCAAAGCUCGCCAUGCCUUCAAGAUCAGCAAAAGAGUAUUUGAAGUCACAAAGGGGGAGAGUACCACUGGUACCCCACAGCCUGAAGCUGUAACGCUAUCAGGUUCAUACACACCAAGUGAAAAUUUUGUGAAUAAAGAUGGUAAGAAUGCUGGCUUUUGCUUGGCUAAAACAGACUUAGGAGACCGGUUAUGUCGUCUGGCGAAAGAAAAAAAUAACAGUGUACCAUUUGAGUCGUACAAAAGGCGCACAACAGCAUUUGUUCAGAGAGAAACAUUUUUAGAUAUGGUUUGUGAUGCUAUGUCUGAGUACAAGUAUCUCGGUCCCAAUCAGAGAGCAGAUUUGGUGCUAGCCUGCAGGAUGCGAGAAAGGAAGGAGUCUGUGACAGUGCUGUUGUGUGGCACUAGUGGCUGUGGCAAAUCCACAUUGUCUUCACUGCUGGGUGGCAGAUUGGGCCUCACCACAGUGGUAUCAACCGAUUCUAUCAGGCACAUGAUGAGGAGUUUUGCUGAUGAGAAGGAGAACCCCUUGUUAUGGGCUUCUACUUACCAUGCCGGCGAGUGUUUGGAUCCAGUUUCUGUUGCAGAAGCCAAGGCCAAAAAGAAAGCAAAAAAGCUAGCAGGCGUGGCACGUUCUCUUCCCAAGGAUGUAGCAAACGAGGGUGGUCAUAGGAAAUCCGAUUCAGGGAUAUUGGAGAUAGGCCCUAACAUUACUGAACUGCCAAAUCCAAAGCAAAUGGCUGUUGAAGGAUUUAAGGCACAGAGCGAGAUGGUGAUUGACAGUCUUGAUAGGCUAAUCACUGCCUGGGAAGAACGGAAAGAGUCUGUUGUUGUAGAGGGUGUUCAUUUGAGCCUAAACUUUGUUAUGGGGCUUAUGAAGAAACAUCCUUCAAUCAUACCGUUCAUGAUAUACAUUUCAAACGAGGAAAAGCACCUGGAAAGAUUUGCUGUACGUGCGAAGUAUAUGACACUUGACCCAGCUAAAAACAAGUAUGUAAAGUAUAUUCGAAAUAUUAGGACAAUUCAGGAUUAUCUCUGUAAGCGUGCCGAGAAGCAUUUAGUUCCCAAAAUAAACAAUACAAAUGUUGACAAGAGUGUAGCAGCCAUCCAUGCAACUGUCUUCAGCUGUCUUCGGAGGCGUGGAGCAGGGGAUCAACUGUAUGAUCCCAUUAGAAAUACUGUAACGGUUGUUGAUGAGGAGUACAGACAUCAAUGUGCAGCAAAUACUUUAAGCUCGAAAGGAAUGUUCCGGUUGAUCCAGAGGAAAGGUUCUUCAAGGAGUCUGAUGGCACUUGUUAAUACCGAUGGAUCUGUUGCGAAAGCUUGGCCUGUUAAUCGCGUUGACUCUAAUGGGAAGCCUAUUUGGGGCCUUGGACCAGAUAAUGGAAUUGGAAGUCCAAUGUAUGGUCCCUUGCGGAUUGGUAAGGCAGAACCGAUAAAUCUUCAGUUUGGUUUUUAUGGGAUCAGUGCUUGGCCCAGUGAUGGUGGUACUAGUCGAGCUGGAAGUGUUGAUGAGUCGAGGGCUGAUGAUUCUGGUAGUAGAUAUGAUUCUGGUAGUAGAUAUUUAUCCUCUUGCUGUAGCUCACCGACCUCGGAAGGUCCUGCAAAAGAGCUCAAGGAAGAUUUCUCGGUGCAUGGUAGUGAUGAAGAGUUAGACGACGAUGAUCAGCUAGAGGUAGGUAGUGAUGAUGAUUUAAGUGAUGAUGGUCACAAAGACGUCCAUGACGAGGAAGGGUCAGUUGAUGAGGAAUCUACAAAGUCAGAUGAGGAGUACGAUGAUCUUGCAAUGCAAGAUCAAGAUUAUGGGUAUGUGUGGCAGGAUGACGAGGAGGAGUUGAAGGAUAAGCUUGCCGCGGUUGCAGCGGAGUUAGAAACAAAAAUGCAACCAAAUAAUCAUAAUCGGAACAUGGAUGUAUUCCAUAGAACUAGAAGUGAGCCAAUCCCUGUGCCAGGUCCAGGUCCAGGUCCAGACCAUCGUUCUUACUCUUCCUUUCUCGUGGAAAAGAAGAGUGAAAGGAAAAUAACGCCGAGGGGCAAAGCCAAAAUGAGAAAACGCUCUCUUAGUAUCCCUGCAUUUGGCAAGCAUAGUUCAGCAAUCAAUGAUCCCAUCCUUUCUGGUGCUCCCCAAAGGUAGUAAUACCAUCCGUUUCUCUUUUUUGUAUUUUAUUCAUGUCUUAAAUGUACCUUAAUUUGUAACUAUGCCCCCCCCCCCCCCCCCCAACCACCAAAAAAAAUUGUACAGCUUCCAAAACUUCCAUCCUUUACUAGUUGUUUCAUAACUUCCAUCAGAUUUUGAGGGAUUAUAUACAAUAUAGUUGAAAAAUAAGCAAACAUGCCAGAAUGGCUGGUUCCUUUUAUUUAUUCUUUUUCCUUUCUAACCUUUAAUUGGCCAACUAUGUAAAUGUAUGCAUCGUAUAGAAUUUGCAAAUAAAAAAAUGUCUGCUAUCAUAACGUUA